GCGGUAGCCGACGCACAAGAUGGCCGCUGCUGUAGCAGCGGUGGCGGCGAAGGAGGGGUGGCGGGUGAUGGCGGUGGGGGAGCCCCGGGGCCUGCGGGUGCUGGAGAAACAGGGCGCUGCGGCCGCCGCUGUGUGUCGUAGCUGAGGGGGUCGGUGGCCGCUGCCGGGAGCCCGGCCCGUGUGGUUAUGUUUCACACUAUGUGCUGACUGUCUGUACUUACAGAAGAUAUUUAAAAACAAACAGACUUUUUUUUCAAACAUUUUGAUUCCAGUGGAAUCUGUGCUUUAGAUUUUUGUCUUGUCAAUUAACUCCUGAAGCAAUGCCUGUACAAGCUCCACAAUGGACGGAUUUUCUCUCCUGCCCGAUUUGCACACAGACUUUCGACGAAACAAUCCGGAAGCCCAUCAGCUUGGGUUGCGGCCACACUGUCUGCAAGAUGUGCCUCAACAAGCUCCACCGUAAGGCAUGCCCUUUUGACCAGACCACUAUCAAUACAGACAUUGAACUCCUUCCUGUGAACUCGGCCUUGCUGCAACUAGUGGGUGCUCAGGUUCCUGAGCAGCAGCCAAUUACUUUAUGUAGUGGAGCUGAAGAUACCAAGCAUUAUGAGGAGGGCAAGAAAUGUGUGGAAGAACUGGCAUUGUACCUCAAACCACUCAGCAGCGCAAGAGGUGUGGGUCUUAACAGUACUACUCAGAGUGUGCUAAGUCGUCCCAUGCAAAGGAAACUUGUGACAUUAGUUCAUUGCCAGCUGGUGGAGGAAGAAGGGCGAAUCAGAGCCAUGCGUGCAGCACGGUCGCUUGGUGAAAGAACAGUCACAGAGCUUAUUCUUCAGCAUCAAAAUCCUCAGCAGCUCUCUUCCAACCUCUGGGCUGCAGUGAGAGCCAGAGGGUGCCAGUUCCUUGGACCAGCAAUGCAAGAGGAGGCUUUAAAGCUGGUUCUCCUGGCUCUGGAAGAUGGAUCUGCUUUGUCACGGAAGGUCUUGGUUCUCUUUGUAGUUCAGAGGCUGGAGCCACGAUUUCCUCAGGCUUCUAAAACUAGCAUUGGACAUGUUGUCCAGCUUCUUUACAGAGCCUCAUGCUUCAAGGUGACAAAACGGGAUGAAGAUUCCUCCCUGAUGCAACUGAAGGAGGAAUUUCGGACUUACGAAGCUCUGAGAAGGGAACAUGAUUCCCAGAUAGUUCAAAUAGCUAUGGAAGCAGGUUUACGCAUUGCACCAGAUCAGUGGUCCUCACUGUUAUAUGGAGACCAGUCUCACAAAUCCCACAUGCAGUCUAUCAUUGACAAGUUGCAGACCCCAGCCUCAUUUGCACAGAGUGUUCAGGAAUUAACUAUUGCUCUUCAGAGGACUGGAGAUCCAGCUAACCUGAAUCGCCUUCGACCCCACUUAGAGCUCCUAGCAAAUAUUGAUCCCAGUCCAGAUGCUCCACCUCCAACAUGGGAACAACUGGAAAAUGGACUAGUUGCUGUGAGGACAGUGGUUCAUGGCUUAGUUGAUUAUAUUCAGAAUCACAGCAAGAAAGGAACAGAUCAGCAACAGCCUCCUCAGCACAGCAAGUACAAGACAUACAUGUGCAGAGACAUGAAACAGAGAGGAGGAUGCCCCCGGGGGGCCAGCUGCACCUUUGCACAUUCACAGGAGGAGCUAGAAAAAUUCCGUAAAAUGAACAAGCGUUUGGUUCCCAGAAGACCCCUGAGUGCAUCCCUGGGCCAGCUAAAUGAGGUGGGCCUGCCUUCAGGAGCUAUCCUCUCAGAGGAAGGGGGAGUGGAUUUGCCCAAUAGGAAAACUUCUGCUCUGCCAAAUGGAAUUGUGUCAACAGGCAGCACAGUGACACAACUUAUUUCUCGAGGGACUGACUCCGGUUAUGAAACAGCUCUGAAGCCAGGGAAGAUUGACCAUCUGAGUAGCAGUGCCCCUGGAUCUCCUCCUGACAUGCUGGAAUCUGUUCCCAAGAGCUCUAUUUCUGCCUUACCAGUGAACCCUCAUCCUGUGCCUGCUCGGGCACCAGAUAUGCCUUCGGUUUCAGUCACCAAGCAGUUGCAAGUGGUACCACGAGGGUCUCAGUUGUAUAAUACUCAGCAAGCAGAUGUGUUUUAUCAAGAUCCUAGAGGAACUGCCCCACCAUUUGAGCCAGCACCUUACCAACAAGGAGUUUACUAUCCCACUCAGUCCAUGUCUCGCUUUGUCCGACCUCCUCCAUCAGUUCCUGAACCUGGCCCACCUUAUUUAGACCAUUACCCACCCUACCUUCAGGAUCGUGUGGUGAGCCCACAGUACACGCAACCGCAGCAGUAUCCUCCUAUGGGACAACCCAUAUACCCACCUCACUACGACAGUCGUCGUGUAUAUCCCCCUGUCCAGCCAUAUCAGCGAGAGGAGAUUGUCCGAGGAAGCCCUGUACCCAUUGAAAUUCCACAAGCAGCUGUACCCUCCUACAUACCUGAAUCCAGAGACAGAUACCAACAAACAGAGGGUUAUUGCCCAGUGACUCCACAUCUUGGUCAAAUCAGGCCUUCAUGCCACAGGCCUCAUCCCAGCCUGGAUGAACUUCAUCGGCGAAGGAAAGAGAUCAUGGCCCAGCUAGAAGAGAGGAAGGUGAUUUCUCCACCUCCUUUUGCACCGUCACCAACCUUGCCUCAUCCUUUUCAUUCAGAGGAGAACCAGAUUUUUGUUUUUGUGCAGUACUUGGAUGAAGACCUGAAGGUAGCUGGGAAAUACAAAGGAAAUGACUACAGCCAGUACUCUCCCUGGUCCUGUGACACCAUCGGCUCCUACAUUGGAACCAAAGAUGCAAAACCCAAAGAUGUUGUGGCAGCAAGGAGUGUGGAGAUGGCGAACGUAGACAGUAAAGCCAUGCGUGACCAGCGAUUAGACAUGCAACGAAGAGCAGCAGAGACUGGUGAUGAUGACCUCAUUCCAUUUGGAGACCGACCAACUGUGUCGAGAUUUGGGGCUAUCUCUCGUACUUCCAAAGCCAUGUAUCAGAAUUCUGGUCCCAUCCAGGCCAUGGCGGUUCAGGGAGCUACCACCAAAUCGAUCAUUUCAGACUACAGUCCUUAUGGAACUCCUGGUGGCUGGGGAGGCUCUCCAUAUUCUCCUCAUCAAAAUAUACCUUCUCAGGGACGUUUCAAUGACAGGGAGAGACUGUCCAUGUCAGAUGUGGCUGGUCAUGGGAAACAGUUGCCCUCAGCUGAACGAGAGCAGCAGCUGCGCAUGGAGCUGCAGCAAGUAGACCAUCAGAUUAGCCAGCAGACACAAAUGCGAGGACUAGAGGCUGUUAGUAACAGGCUGCUGUUGCAGAGGGAGACGACUACCCUGGCAGGCCAACCACAGCCCCCACCGCCACCUCCCAAGUGGCCUGGGAUGAUCUCAAGUGAACAGCUGAGCUUGGAGCUACACCAGGUGGAAAGGGAAAUUGGGAAGAGAACCCGUGAGCUGAGCAUGGAGAGCCAGUCUUCACUGGAUAUAAAAAACAAACUGGGCACUACUAAACAGACAGAAAAUGGACAAUUAGAUCCGCAAAGCAAGGUUCCAGCUGAGGACCUUGCACUGACAUUCAGCAGUGAUGUUCCAAAUGGAUCAGCUUUGACUCAAGAGAACAUUGGCCUCCUGUCAAACAAGACAGCAUCUCUCAGCCUGUCGGAGGACCCAGAGGGAGGAGGAGACAACCAUGACUCCCAGAGAGUGGGAGUUACACCCACAUCUGCUCCAUGAAGUGAGGCCAGCAUACCCCAGAGUUUCUUUUGCUGGGGUGUUGGUAGCUUCCGUCACAUUUUUUUCCAGGGGUGAUUGGAGAAACCCAGGAGCAACAGCAGUAGCAGAGCAGCAGGUCCAGAGGCAAUGUGCACAAACACAACUACUAGAAACAAAUCCUGCACAUAGUUCACAUUAACGCAUUUUUUAAUUAAAAAAAAAUGAAAAUUAGCAGUAUCUGCAAGCAAUUCAAAUUAAAUUUGGUUUUGUUCUGUGAAUGAACUUUAUUUUAAUAACUUUGGACGCCUUGAAUCCCAGGGCUUAAAAAAAAAUAUUAUAUAUAUACUCUGUUUGAUUAAUUGUAUGAUCUUAAUGAAGUAGGUUUUUUCUUUUAUUUUUGGUAUUAUUACAUACCCAGUGCAUAAUUUAAUUCCUUAUCACUUUCAAUUUCUUAACGACUAAAACACCCUGGCUACUUCCUUGUGUGGUUUAAGGAUAAACAAGGAAUGAGGGUUGGAGAGUAGCUGUGAAUUGCAGUGUCAAAAGAUGUGCAGCAAGCAUCAUUUUUAAAACAGUUUCUCCGAUUGUGGCUAGGAACUGAACACUAGCUUAUGCAAGACUCUUGCUUAAAUUACUUGGGUUUAAACUAUAAGUGACAGAAUCUUUGCAAUGCAGCAGGUGUGGUCCUUACUGUAUGUCCCAGCGCAGCAUGUGUAAUAAAAGGAGGAUAAUGAAAUACAUGUCUAACAUAUUCUAUUUGAAGGUUGCUUGCCUUCUAUUUUCUGUUGGGACUAAAGAGAUCAGCAGAAUGCAGACCCAUCUCCUGCAGCAUGAAGCUGGCUAGCUGGGGCUUGUGGUAGAGAGGCUUAACAAAACAAUGAAGGUUGUGCAGCCGUGACUAAGGCAGAAUCUCAGGAAGCAGGAAGUAGAGAGCACAUAAGGUUAUGCAGUUGUUGGAAGGAUGUUAACUGCUGAUGAGCUGGUGAACUUGUUAUUUGAUCCCGUGUUUGCUGUUCUGUUUAGAUUUGGAUUCCACUCCCCACACCCCCCCCUUUCUCACUCUGCCUUUAAAACAAGCUUACCAAAGUCCAUAUUAUUAAGUUGAUGCAGAAGGACUUACUGACCUCUGCCUUUUGAAGCCCAUCUUUCAUGUAUGCCUCCUUCUCAGAAACUUUUGCCUUUGUUUUUACUUUAUCACUAUUUUAUUAUUAAAAACAUUUUCUCUAUAACCUGAUUUUUUUUUUUUCCUUUUGUUCAGUGAUACAUCAGUUAUUUAAUUGUAAUGCUGUUGUGAGGGCCUUUUACUGAAGGAGAUCAACAUCACUGAUUUGUGCUCAUCAGUGAUGGCAAUCUCUAAAUAGAACAGAGCGGGAUUUUUUUUUAAACUUAAAAAUUCUGUGUGUAUUAGAAUUUGACACCUGUGAAUCAACCUGCAGCUUGUCUGCCACUGCUGCAUUGAAUCCUUCCUAGAUUCCCCUUUCACAGGGGAAAAACUGCAUCAAAAUGACCACUUCAGGUGCAGCAUAGAUCCUGUCAGAAGUAGUGAAAAACGAACUUUGCUUGAUCUAGUGUGCUACCUCCAAGCUGAUGCUUUGUAAACAUAAGUUGGUGAAACAGUAAGCCUUUCUAGAUGUUUUCUUUAAAAGUUAAAGAAAUCAGGAGAUUUUGUUCUUGCUGCACGUUUUUUGAAUCUUUGAACAUGCACUGCAAUGGGACCCUGUAUACGAAGAAGCCCGUGGAGAAUGACUGAAGUGCUGCUCCCUCUGCACCGUCUUGGCCUGUUCUCGUUUUUUCUUUCUGGGUUAGACUACUAAAUCGGAAAGCACUGGUUAUGUAAUAAAUUACUGCAUUGCUUUGGUUGGGUAAAGCAAGACUUAAUAAAUUUUCUUGGUUUUUAGGUUUUUUUCCUUAACCUUAACUCCUCCUGAGGUCAUAGCAACCUUGGGCUAAGCUUUGCAUUCAUCAUACUGUUAAAUAAAACAAAAUGGGGGGUGGGAGGGGAUACAGUCCCACUAUUGCCUACCAGUAGGAGAGUCCAAACAGAAGACUCUUUUGAGUAGCAAUUAUUUAAUUUGCCCAGUCAAGGCACCGCGUUUAUAUACUAUUUCACAUUGAAUUUGAUUAUGCCCUACAGACCUGGCUGGUCAAGGAUUUGAUACACAUAUUGGCUUGGGAUUCGAGCUUUCUUUUUUAUUUAAAUAAAAAUUUAUAUGUAAAUAUAUAUAUACAUAUAUACAUAGUUAUAUCUGUAUAUAUAUUGGGUAUGUUUUAAGAAUUUUUUCGCAUGAGCGCAGCUGUUGUGAUCAAAUGUCUGGGAGGUAGAAGCACUGAAUGAAAAUAAAAGCAUUUUUCAGCGCACACACCCACACUUUCCAUAUGUCUUCACAUGGGUUUAUUUCACUCUCAGUUGAACUUUGGCCUCUUAAUCACCAAAUAGUUUUGAAGCUUGCUUUUUUUUUUUUUUUUUUUCUUCUAACCCCUCUGAACUUUUGGCAAAGAAUUCUCUUUGCACUAGAAUAGCUUCAUCUACACCUUGUCCCCAUCCAUCCAUGUCUCCUACUUGAGGCCUAGCAUUGCAGCCGCUCCCCUUUGAGCUGAGCAGAACUAGGGUGGUGCAGUUUUGAGCCCAUCGGAUCUGUUCCUCCUGUCUCUGCUCUAGGCAUGGUGAUGAUUAACAUGUUCCCCUGGCAGCCUGCUCACAAGUCAAUUGACACAGGCACCCAUGCUCUCUUCUCCAACCCUUUAGUGCAGAGCACCACCAUCAGGUCAGCCUUCUAGUUUUUAAUUAGUCUGUUCUUCCUGCUGUGUUUUUAUUAACACAGGGAGCUCAUUUUAGUUGAGAUAAUUAAUGCAAUAUUCUAAUCUAGGAGGACAAGCCCAGAAUAUACUUUUCUGACUGCAGUAAUUUUUGAUGUAAAAUGAAUUUUUGAAGACGGUUAUAUGUUUGAAUCUACAAAUUCAUUUUCAAUACUAGAAAGAAAAUCUGGAGGGGCAAAAAACUCUUCACCUUUUAUUACUUGUGCCAGCUAGUUUCCUUGCCAGGUUAGGGAUUAAUUUUUUUCUCCACUUAUGCUCCUGAGAGGAUUUAUGCAGUAAGAGCUAUUCAGAUUGCUGGCCUACAUAGGGUGAAUGCUUCUAAAACCUGUGGAUUAGAAGGAAGAUCUUCCUGUUGUUUGUUUUUUUUUUUUUUCCUCCUUUAUCCAGCUCUCUGUGCUGUACUUUUUGCAUAGUGUCCUUGUGAUCAGUGUGUCCAGGUGAAUGCCCUGUUUGCCCAGUAUUAUAGUUUGGCUUGCUAAAUAGCUUGCUUAAUAUCUACCAGUAUUGAUUUUUGGCUUUGUUUUUUCCCCUCCUCCUCUUAUCCAUUUUCUGCUUUUUUGCAGAAGUUUAGUUGAUUGAACAAGUCAAACAGCAAAAUGCGGUGCAUGCUUUUAAGUCUUUUCUGGAAGCUGUGUCUAAAACGUACCCUUAGUGGAAAACCAUGCUAAUAGAACUGGGAGGACAGAUAGCUCUAUGUAUAAUGGAAGCAUUGAUGGUUACAGUACAUGAGCAGGGCAUGAAGAUUUCUGGAGUAACUGUAUCCUGCUGCAUUCAUGUCUAUAGCCAUUGUCCUAGUCGUACAGGAAUGCUGUCCACCUCGGUGAAAUUGGUCUCACUCAGAAAGUGGUUUAGUUCCUUCUACCUGGGCAAGAAGAAACAGUAUUACCAUGGUAUUAGGGCACUACUGCAUCAUUUGGUAGGUAGGUUAAAUUUUCUCCGGCAGUAGACAGCUUUGAACCCUCACUGAUACCUGGGUUUCAGCCUCAGCAUGGACAAACGCCCCCAGAAUAGGAAGCUUCAAGUGUUAGGUUAAGCUUUAGUAUGUCAGUGAUUCAGAUGGUGUAGAAAUUAUGUUUGUUUACUCUGUAGUGUUAUUUUCCUUUUUCUGUCAACAUCUCUUCUUCAUUUCCUAUGACCUAGUUCUCUUAAUAGGAGAAAGUUACACUUUUUAUUCUGCUCUUCUUGUAUACUGUCAUAUCCUGUCCUAUUUCAGGGUAGGACUUUUUUUUUAAUUAAGAUCAGAGCACCCACCUUUCGAACUUGCAGCACUGUUGCCCAUUUGUUCUCAAGUUCCUCUCUCUCUAGUUUCUUCUGAGCCUUGUUCUCUCCCUUUAAUCCAUAUGCUCCUUCCUUUCCUUCUGUGGCUUGCCCAUUCACCCUCCCUGAUUGUGUAACAGUGACAGCUUGCUGCCUCAAAACAGAGCAUUCAAAUGAAUUCGCUUAGCCAAUAACUUCUGUGAAGUUGCCUUUUCUAAUGGUGUUAUUACUCAGUGAUGCACAAAUGUGAUAUUGCCCCUACUGGUAGGCAAACGGGGGAUCUGUAUAAACAUGGUAAACUGCUGUUUUUCUUUAAAGGAGAGCCAAAGACUUGUGCUUUACACUUUUUUUUUUCCCUGGUGUAGCCAUUUUGAUUGUCAAAUCUUUGUAAGGGGUUUGUGAGUUGACUGUAUUAUCCUAAUAACAAUUUACAAAAGAUAGUGAUUGUCAAGCCUUAUCCAUGCAUUAAAUUGUGGAAAACCGUUCUGUUUAGUCAUAAAAUUUGCAAUGUACUGAGAUGUAUCUGGGGUAUUCUGACACGUUUUCAGUCUCUUAUGCAUUCUCUCAGCUGACGGAAUGGCUAAUUUAGAGAGGGAGAAGGAAUGUAGAAAUGUAAUCAAAGAAGCCUUGUCUUUAAGUGUUUAAAUUGAAUACUGAUUUAAAAUUUCUUCAAUUACAGUAAAAGAUAAAUCUGUGUUGCAAAUGUGACUGACUUUUAAGCCCAUUGGAACUGAAAAGACUUGUCAAAUUGUAGCAUUACAUUAAAUUAGAUGUGGAAGAAGCAAACUUGUAUGAUGAUAUUGUCUCUUGACAGCACAAAUUGAGUUAGGUGGGGCAAAUUUAUAUUAGUGCUAGGAGUGAGGCUUUUCAUUGAUAGUACAAGAAAGCCGCUUGCAUUUCCCUUUCUUGAUCUAACUUAAACUCUUGCAGACUAUUACUCUUCAGGUUUGGAGAGAAAUCUGUAAGUCAGAGAAGCAUAAAUCCUCAUGUCCAUUGUCAUUUCCAUUUAAAAAUCUGGACUAUAAUGAAGCUGACUUACAGGACAGUUAUCUGAAGAACCCUGAUAUAAAGUAUCUUUGAUUAACUAGCUAUGGUCCAAGAAAUUCACUGCUAGCGUUAGGAGGCUCAACAGCAGGAGUGCCAACUCAUCUUCUGUUCUAAAAUGGGGGGGGGGGAACCCAUUUAAACAGUGUGCAAGUUCUGUGCUUGUCUGUGUGCGUAUGAAGAAGUUUUUAUAGUACUAGACUAGGUAGAAGGAACACAGACCAAGGCUGGAGCAUGAUGUUAACCUCCUAUUCAAAUUUUGUCAUCAUUCACUUUCCAAAACACACACUUCUGUUCCCGCCUUCUAAUGUUGAUAGCACUGAUAUAAAAACACCCAAAAAAGUUAGAGUUAGCAAUUCAGUUUUUUGUAUCACAGUAAGUCAAUUCCCCUGGAUGAACGAAAAAAAAAAGGAAGCCAAAGUUCUUGAAUUGUCUAAAUGGUAAUCUAGGCACUAACUGAAAAACAUCUGCCUUGCUUGAGUUAAAUGUAAACUCUGAAUUUAUGAGGAAAGUGAAGCAGCUCUUCUGAGCCACUUUCUAGGUAUAGCCUUAGUACCAACAGUUGGGGAGUGGUUACUUGUAAUAUAUCAGCAUACAGAUUAUGUAGCACAAAUUGGCUUGUUCUCAGAUCAAAUAUAAUCUGAAUGCCAAAAACUUCAUUUGGGAUUCUCUUUUUCCAUACUCAGCUGUUACCAACUUCAUUAUUUUCUGUGGAUAUGUCAGGGGGCUGAAAGAGGCUUGAGUAAGUUAGUUCAAGUUACUUAUACAAGUAAGUGAUGUCAGGGAAUGUUAUCCCAACACAGUGUCCUUUAUACAGUUAACAUGUGGUCUUUAUUCUUGUGUAGGAAGAAGAAUGUAACUGCUUAGUGUUGUCAUAGUCUUCGAGGCACUUCUUGUGAUGCAGGUAGAGCCUUAAUUAGAGGAAAGGAGAACAAACCUAAACUGAUUUUUUUUUUUUAAUAGUUUUAUUUCCUAAUGGCAAGUGUAAUACCAUACCGUGGAAACUCUUUGAACACGAUGGUAAGCAAAGAGGGUGCAGUUUUUUCUGAAAUUUCCCAAUAAAUAAAACAUGUAGGAAUAUGGAUUUGUCUGUCAGGAACAUCCCAGUCAUUUAAAGCUUAAAGUGUGCGACCAUAAUAAAAUGGAAUGCCUAUAGCUUAGUAACCUAAAUAAUUAACUGAUCUUUCCCAGGCAAUCUUUGCAAUUCCAGUAAGUUAAGUAUGAUUUUAAGGAAUGUUUAGGUGCCUAGCUUCAUCCAACAAGGCAGGUGCCUUUGAAUACACAAAUUGGAUGUUUUCAUAUUCCAGGAAACAACUGAUUCUAAGAUCUGAAAUUUUUAGGAAAACAACUACUUCAAUCUAAAAGAUACAGUCUUGGGAAAGAUGGAAGCAACAGGUGGUGCAGUGUCUCUGAAAAUCAAAAGCAUUAGAUGAUGGAAUUACAUGCAACAUGUAUAUGGGGGAAAAUAUAUCCAUAAGCAAAAAAGUAAAUCUUGUGGAGUGUUUGAUAUUUAAGUAAUUACUUGCUUCAUUGUAAUGUUAAAAAGAUUUAUUAAUAGUUCUGUGGCAGGCAGUACUCACAAGUCUUUGGCAUCCAAACCAGAUUGUGUAUUGGAUGGAUCCCACAACUGGAUGUGUGCACUGACCUCUCUAUUUCUAGCUUUUUAAAAAGAAACUUGGUAGCAGCAUUUUAUAAAUGUAUGAAGCAACCUGAGUCAGAGAAGAAACCCUGUUCAUGGCACAGCUGCUGCACAGUUUACAAUUGGUACCUUUAAUCUGCAGCCUCUCUUAAGGGAAGCUGCUCUAACGUGGGCAAAUCUAGCACAUCAAAUUACUUCAAUUUUUUUCUAAAUUUGAGGAGUUCCCAUUGCCCUUUUGGCCUCUGCUUGCUGUGUAAGCAGCCUCUAUGUGAAGAGCUUUUCUUGAAAUCAGCUUAGCAACUGUGCUGUAGCUUGAUUAUUUUUCCCUGUUUUCUAUAACUGGUAGCAUAGCAUUGAGCUCUUUCCCCAUUGUGUGUGUUGCUAUGGGGAGGAGGAGUUGAGGCAAGACGUGUGUGAGGAGGGUGGAAGAGUUGUGGGAUCUUCUAUAUGACAGCUCCCACCCCCUCUUUGAAAUCAUCUCCUUCCAGUUGUGGGAUUUCUCUAUAGAUGAUGGUUUUUUCCUGUUUUUUUGUAAGCCUAGUUUUCUUUGAUCUUGUUAGUUCCAUACAAGUCUCCCCGAGACAUUCUGCAGUCAUUAUCACCUUUUUGGGUGGAGUUUAUUUUAUUUUUUGGUUUGUUUGGUUUUUUAAAUAACUUUUUAACAUUGAUGCAUAUAUGCUUGGGAUAGAGCUCAUGUAAUUUUCCAAUCGUAUUGAUUGUAUGUGAUUGUGCCCUGCAGAGGUAUAUUUAACAAAAAAAUAAAAAGGAUAGUCUAGGUAAUAAAGGAGACCAUGAGGUUUGUUGAGUCAGGUUAUGAACUAUUUCUUGAAUUUAUUUAGGAUCCUGGAUGAGUAAAAUUCCCUGUCUGCUGUUCCCAUAAAUCAGUGCUAAACAAUGUCACGAAUUCUCUUUCUGUUUGGACUGGUUCUUUACUUACUUUUCUUCUCCAGCUGUUUUCUUCCUUCCCUGCCUCUCUCCCACAUCAAAAAAAAAAAAAAAAAAUCUUGAGCCUUUAUGGGAAUAGCUGACUCCGGGUUGGGAUUGUGAAUAUGUUUGUAACUAUCAAAACAUUUUAAUAGGAGUAGAGAUUAAGUAGAAUGUAUGAGAAGAAUUCCAUCAACUGAAUUAUUUGCAAGUUCAGGGGAAUUUUCAAGUCUUGUAUAUACAGGCCUGGUCAUGGGGGAGACAUUCAGAGGUACACAAGGCAUUGAUGCCUCUUUCCUGGGAAGGUUAGAUGCUUUACUACCUUUUGAAAAAGCUCUGACAUGACAAAAGGAUUAGCAGAAAGAGUUCACUAUAUCCAGCUCUCUGUAUCUUUGCUCCUGCAGUAUACUUUUUAAACUUGAAAGGAAAGCUUUCUAGAUACUGUGCGGAAGUGGGACAGAGUGGAUUGAAGGAGGCAAAACCCAAGAGGAUCCAGAGAUCUGAAAGUCAGAAUUUGUCUCCUUUAUUUCUUUUUUAGAACUAUAGAGACAACAGCGUCACUUCUGUAUUAAAGAACAAGGAAGUGGUAUGUGUGCAUGGUGGUUAUAUAGAAAAAGCCAUAUGUUGAAAUACUAUUUCUUUUUUGCUCUUCACCCCUUGCUUUUCUCUCUCACAAAGCUGAUUCAAACCUCACUUUGCUUCCAUAUUGUGUUUAAGGGUCCUUUAAGUUGCAGAUACAAGAACAACAAAGAGUGGAAAGGUGGUGAUUCGCUAUUGGUUUGUAAAUAGAUGGAAGUGUCUACAAGGUCUUAUCUGCUUUUCUGUCGGCAUUUAUAUUAAAUGAUAAAUUAAUGGAGAA